AUGGAGUCGGGAAAGCAGCUAACGGGCACACUGGCUGUGGCUGUGUUCACAGCAGCCCUGGGGUCCCUGCAGUAUGGCUACAGUCUGGGAGUCAUCAAUGCACCUCAGAAGGUCAUUGAGAAGCAUUAUGGACGGGCAUUGGGGGUAUGGUCAGAAGAGGCUGCUUUGCUGUCAGAAAACAGUACAGAAGAAGAGUUCCUAGAGGCAGGACAACACCCUGCUGUUGUCAUGUAUUGGUCAUUGUCGGUGUCAAUCUUUUCCAUCGGUGGCAUGUUAUCCUCUUUCCUGGUGGGAUUUGUGGGAGACCUGAGAGGCAGGGUAAAGGGCAUGUUAAUGGUCAAUGUUCUGGCUGUAGCUGCUGGACUGCUGAUGGGUCUUUGCAAGAUGUGGAAGCCUCACAUCAUGAUCAUCGCAGGGCGUGCUGUUAUGGGAUUUUACUGUGGGUUGACAUGUGGGCUAGUUCCAAUGUACAUUGGAGAGAUCGCACCCAAGGCUUACAGAGGGGCUCUGGGGACAUUACACCAGCUGGCUAUUGUUACUGGCAUCCUAAUCAGCCAGGUAAUAGGCUUGGACUUCGUACUUGGUAAUGAUGGCAUGUGGCCCCUCUUGCUUGGUCUGUCUGGGGCUCCGGCUUUAUUACAAUCCCUUAUGCUGCCUCUGUGCCCUGAGAGCCCACGGUACCUUUAUAUUCAUCUGGGCAAGGAGCAAGAGGCUCGAAAAAGUCUAUAUCGACUAAAGGGGGCAUAUGAUGCAACUUCUGAUCUGGAGGAGAUGAAAAAAGAGAAAGAGGAGGCAGACAAGGAGCCCAGGAUCUCUAUCCUUUCUUUGAUCUGCUCCUCUGUGUACAGACAGCAGCUGUUUGUUGCCCUUAUGAUGCACCUCUCCCAACAGUUUUCUGGCAUCAAUGCUAUCUUUUAUUACUCUACGUCUAUCUUCGCUCGGGCUGGAGUUGGACAGCCAGUCUAUGCCACCAUAGGAGUCGGGGUCAUCAACACCAUCUUCACUCUGGUGUCUGUUGCACUGGUGGACAAGGCUGGUAGGCGUACUCUGACUCUGGUUGGUCUGGGAGGGAUGUGCUGCUGUGCCAUUGCUAUGACAGUGGGCCUCAAAUUCCAGAAUGACUACUCAUGGAUGAGCUAUGUCAGCAUGUCGGCUAUCUUCAUUUUCGUGAGUUUCUUUGAGAUUGGUCCUGGUCCUAUUCCAUGGUUCAUAGUGGCUGAACUGUUCAGCCAGGGACCUCGACCGGCAGCCAUCGCUCUUGCUGGCUGCUGCAACUGGACCAGCAACUUCAUCAUAGGCAUGACAUUUCCAUAUAUACAGGAUUGGUUGGACAGUUAUGUGUUCAUCCUGUUUGCUGUGAUUCUUUUUUGCUCCACUAUCUUUGUUUAUCUCCGGGUCCCUGAGACCAAGGGUAAAACAUUCAAGGAGAUUGCUGCUGGCUUCAAGAAGGGACGAAAAAACACAGAGGCAGCGACCCCCAAAGAUGGUACUGAACUGCAGCAGCUCAAAACAGCUACAGAUGCUUGAGACAACAGUUGUGUAUUUGUGUAGUCUAUUUGUGUUUGUGCAUGGACCUGUCCAUCUUGUGUGUGGUGUGUGUUUCUAUGUUUAUGUCCUUGUAGUAUUACACUAAUUACUUGGUGAAUUACAGACAGAAUCUAUCAAGAAAACAUGACAGUAUUUUUUCAUAACAUAAAUAUGUGUGUGUGCUACCUAAAAAACAACAUUGCAAUAUCGUGUUUCCGUUAUUAGAUAAGUGUUCCUGAGAGGCGAGGAGCUUGACAUUGUAAAUGAGUACUAGUAUCUUGGAGUCACACUGGACUCCCUAUUUCACAUGACUUUGUAAGUCAUGUGAAAAAGGUGUGUUUUUUUCACACAUAGAGUACUGUUUUACUAACUGAUCACUUACAGGUGUAACAAUACUUAAACUAACAGAAUUACUCUUCAAGAAAGCCAUAAAAGUUCUUGAUUUAAAAAAAACACCCUUAUUCCAUCAUUGUAACAUCCUGGAAAACUAUCAUUUGGAAACUAUCAUUUGGAAACUUUAAAAAUUUUAAAUAUGCUUUUUUCAUGUAUAAGGCUUUGCAUUGACUUGCCCCACCUCGUCUCCUUUAAAUGAAUUCAUUUAACAAAGGGCUGACAGUGGCAAUAGCACCAGGGCCACCACUGAAGGGGAGGGGACUGUAUGGUGCCAUAGACGCGCUACAUUUGGACAUACUGCACUGUCAGUAAAGGGGAGUAAAUAUUGGAAUGGCCUACCUCUUUCAAUAAGGGAGUACUCCACAUAUCCCACUUUUAAGACUCAUUUCAAACAACGGCUCAAAGCAAACCGGACCUGUGAUCACUUUUAACCAGACCUGUGUACAGUCUUUUUUGUCUUUUUCUACUGUAUUUGUAUAUUUGUAUUUGCAUGUUUCUGUUUUGGUUACCUGCCUAGGGACUACAGAUGUAAAUAAGCAUUUUUUGCUAACUCCGACAUGUUUACAUCUUGUAUUUUAUACUGAUGUUCA